UGUGUUUACAUUCAAAUUGGUACGAGCAUUUUGUGAAGAAUCCGGACUAAUUUGUAAAUUAACUAUCAGAAAUGAUGAACGACUCGGAUUUUGUGGACCCGAAGAAUGUGGUCAAAUGUCGGGAACUGCUGUAUCGUCUAAUGAUCAGCCAGCUCUUCUACGAUGGGCAUCACCAGGUGGCAGUCGAGCUGACCGGUUUGGUCCGUGCCGAUCCGCCGUGUCCUCCGAGCGACCGUCUGCUGAAUAUCUUCCGUCAGGCCAGCCAGAUCGAUUCCAGUAAGCCGACUAACGUCUUCGAUGAAGUCACUUCCGGAUUGGAUUUGGAGUUCGAAAUCGAAAGCAGUGCCCUGGCACCGGAACCGGCUUCCUACGAGACGGCGUACGUCACGUCACACAAAGCCGCUUGCCGGGCGGGAUGUUUCAGCUACGACGGGCAACUGGUGGCCACCGGGAGUGUCGAUGCCAGUAUCAAGAUCUUAGACGUAGACAGGAUGCUGGCUAAGUCGGCACCGGACGAGCAGGAACCUGGCAGGGAGCAGCAGGGUCACCCCGUUAUUAGGACUCUGUACGAUCACACCGAUGAGGUGUCCUACUUGGAGUUUCACCCGAAAGAUCAGAUUCUGGCUUCGGCUUCGCGCGACCACACUGUAAAACUGUUCGACAUCUCCAAAGCUUCCGUCAAGAAAGCCUACCGGGUGCUGAGCGAUUGUGUACCGGUUCGGUGUUUGGCGUUCCAUCCCUCAGGAGACUACAUGGCCGUUGGAACCGAUCACCAUGUGCUGCGUGCGUAUGACGUUCAAACAGGUCAGUGCUUCGUAAGCGCGAUUCCAUCCCAACAGCACACGGAUUCAAUAACCUGCGUCCGCUACGCCCCGAACGCCAAGGUUUACGCCACCGGAAGCAUGGACGGAUCGAUCAAACUGUGGGACGGCGUUAGCGGACGCUGCAUCAACACCUUCGCUCAGGCUCACGAUGGGUCGGAAAUCUGCUCGGUCGUGUUCACCCGGAAUGGAAAAUAUCUUCUCUCGUCCGGAGAAGACUCCUUGGUCAAACUGUGGGAGCUCAGCACCAGUCGCUGUCUGAUUGCCUAUACGGGUGCCGGUACCACUGGCAAGCAGGAGCACCAAACGCAAGCCGUUUUCAACCAUACCGAAGACUACGUUUUGUUCCCGGACGAAGUGACCACGUCGCUCUGUUCGUGGAACUCCCGGAAUGCCUCCCGUUGCCAUCUGAUGUCACUGGGUCACAACGGAGCGGUUCGCUUCAUCGUCCACUCACCGAAUCAUCCCGCUUUCCUCACCUGCUCCGAUGACUACCGAGCGCGGUUCUGGGUGAGACGGUCCAAUUCGCAUUAGAGAGAGAGAGAGAGGAAGGCGUGCGCAACACGAGUGUAGGAGAAGUUGGUGUCAAGUUUCAUGAUUUGGAUGUAACCUGAAAUAAA